AUGGUUGAUGCAGUUGACGUGUCUUAUGCAAUGCUUGAUGUAUGGGCGUCGAGGGUUUGUUGUCGAAUGCGGAGUGAUUGUAUUGUCACAAGUGGGAGAAGGCUGACUGGGAUCCGAAGGGAUCCUGGGCCGCAUGGGUGUGCUUCGAUUGGCGAAAUUUGUGUUUCGCUUCCGCCGUGCCGCGCCACUCGCUCAUCCUGUGACAUAAGGGACUGUUGGAAGACGUUUUGGUCAAGGAUGUCCAUUCAUGAGAACAACAAGGACAAAAUUGAUGUGUAUGACGGCACUCUCACAAUGGCAUUCGAUGAGGAAACCGUGGAGUUUAAGGUAUUUGAUGCUUUAAAAUAUCCUAAUGAGAAGUCGUGUGUAUAUUUGGCUGAAGCUGUGUGA